AUGGAAAUUUAGUAAGAUAAGUGUUCAAAAGUAGUUUUACUUAAUGAUUAAUAUAAUUACAAAAUACAUAAUCAUGUAGAGAAUAAUUUUUCUAUUUGUAAUAAAAAAGUAAAAAAAUUAAAAAACCACAAUCAAUUUUUUUUAUUUUUUUUUCGGUUUAAGUAAUUAUUCUACAAUUUAAAAAAAUAUUACGAAUUUUCAAAUGAAAAUAUAUUUAAUUAUAUUCCUUUAACAUUUCAUAUAAAAAAUGGAAUAGAUGAUUUAGAAUGGAUUAAGUUUAUUUAAUAUUAUAAUGAAAUUUAAGAUGAUAAAAAAUAAUAAAAUAUUUGGAUUAUAAAACCUGGUGAGUAAACUAAUAGAGGAAAUGGAAUUCAAGUUUUACAGAAAUUAUCAGAUAUAUAAGAAAUAAUAUAUUAAAAUAAAUAUCAUGAAAAUGGAAGAAAAAAAACUUACUUAAUAUAAAAAUAUAUUGAAAAACCAUUUCUAUUUAAUAAAAGAAAAUUUGAUAUUAGAUGUUAUUUAUUAAUAACUACUUAUAAUGGAUUGAUAAAAGGUUAUUGGUAUUAAGAAGGAUAUUUAAGAACAAGUUCAAAAGAAUUUAAUUUAAAAAAUUUAGAAAAUAAAUUUGUUCAUUUAACUAAUGAUGCAAUUUAAAAAAAAAGUGAAGAAUUUGGAAAAUUCGAAAUAGGAAAUAAACUUUCUUUUAAUGAAUUUCAAAGAUAUUUGGACUUUUUAGGAUAAAAUAAAUAAUUUAAUUUUAUCAAAAAAACUCAAUAAGAAAUGAAAGUAAUAUUUUUAUAAAAAAUAAAAAUAAAAAAGAAAAAGAAAAUAGCUUGUGACAUUGUAAAAUCUGUUUAUAAAAAAAUCUAGCCAAAUAAAAGUUAAUUUAGUUUUGAACUUUUUGGUUUAGAUUUUAUGAUUGAUAGUAAUUUCAAAACUUGGUUAAUAGAGGCUAACUCAAACCCUUGUUUAUAGACUAAUUGUCUUUUAUUAUCUAGGAUUAUUACUAAUUUGUUAGAUAAUACAUUUAAAAUUGCAGUUGAUCCAUUAUUUCCACCUUUAAAUAUUCCGAAAAGUAAAAAUUAUUUGAUUCCUUUAAAUGCGUAUGAAUCGAAUAAGUUCGAACUUAUUUUUGACGAUUAGAAUGAUGGUAAAAAAUUAGCUGGAUUUGAAUGUGAAAGUAUUUUUUUAUUUUCUAUAUAUCAUUGGUUUUUUAAAUAAAGUUGA